AUUCAUUCAUUCAUUCAUUCAUUCAUUCAUUCAUUCAUUCAUUUUAUGCGCCUGAAUUUGUCGUUAUUUAGAAAGAGACGCCGAAGAGCUUAAGCUCCACGUCAGCUCAGCCAUCUAGGCAAAUUAAAGCAGCAAAAUACGGUAAAACAGCGGAUUUCGUAUCUGAUUUUCACCAGAAACGAAGACGUUUCUUGGGGUCCAGAUACAAAAAAUAACAAAGCAGCAGAUGUGCUUUCAACACAAAACUAUGCGAAAAAAGAAAGAAAGGACGGGUGUACGACAAACAUGACGCCGUUACACAAAAGACUCAACUAUGGCCGCUGGACAAGCAGAAAAUCUAUCGGUAAGGCGUACUCGGAGAUUGGUCCAUGGCAGCAUUUAAUUUUCAUCGCAAUUAUAGCGCAUUAUUUUCGUUGCUCGACGAAUUCCUCGACACUAUAUGUGGAAAACUAUUGCGGAAAUGACCUUCCUAUCUAGUUCAGCAGCAUGUGGGCUUGUUCCAGCCCCUUCGGCACAUACUGACUCUUAAAUAGCAAUAUUAUGUUGACUCUGUAAGGUAAAUAAAUGUUUAUUAGUGAUGUUAAUUAAUUAUAUAUAGAUUAUCUCACAAUUUCUGACACCCGCAGGCAUGAAUGAUGUGUCACCGAAAGAGUGACCUUUUUCGUUCCACUGCGCUUUUUUCUAUGAUAUACAGGAAGGACCCUAGAAUUACAUGCGUUCGCUCAAACACCCGCUAUAUAAGACUAUACAGUGCAUCACUAUUACUUUACCGCUCUAUAAUUAUGAUGAUACUCAUCUGUGACACGUGCCGCUUCACAUGACAGACCGAAAAUUAGAAGGCAGGAGGUAAAGGAAUGAUAACGAUACGUUCCUUCAUCAAUCUAAAUGUAAACGAGCUAUUAGGGAAUGAAAGCUACUAAAGGACAAUUGUAUUAAAUUUGGAGAAAAUAACUGACUUGAUUUAAACAGUGAACAGGUAUGAAAAAAGACGAGAAAGAAAAGCAGCACUAAAAGCUUUCCGUAAACUUCGCCACUCUUUACUAAAUAAAUUUACUACUUAUUAAAGUAUUAUAGCGAAGCCGUGAAUCGAACUUUGUGUGUCCGUAUGCUUGUUCCGGUGACACAGGUUAUCGUCUGGUGUCCUUGCACAGGCAAAUAUUUGCAUCCGCUGUCGCCAUUCCUCACGUGGGUCCAUAUUUUCCAAUAUUUUUCAUUAAUGCAGAAGAAUCUUCUUCUUCUCUUCUUCUGCAGUUUAUGCAGAAGAAGAGAAGAAAGAGGAUCCGCUCCCCUAUUCAAGAUGUUCGGGUUUAUGUCGAGGACCGCGGAGGACACCUUCCCUGGCAACUUCAUGCAGCUGUCGGUGGUGUUCUCCUUGAUAAACACGUCCCUCUACCUGUUCAUCGUCGCCUACCUGAUGCUCCAGACCGGCGAUUUGCGAAGCCUUCAAGUCUACAAUUACGGGCAUCUUCACGCUACUCCGAAUGCUAGCAGGAGCGAUGGCAACUUCGGCCACCAGAGCUCCACCACGGCCAUGCCUCACAUGAGCGCCACCUUCACAUCGAGCGUCGUUGUGAGGCUGCCGGAACCGCCGGGCUCCGGCAGGAGAAGCCUGCGCCGCAGGAGCUGAAAGAGUGUUUCGUCGAUCGUCAAGUCGACAGAGGAGGCUCGUGUGGCGGACCCUCUUGAAGCUCGGAUAUUGUGUACAGUAAAAAUUCUUUUUCGCGAUUGCGCUCGGGUGAUGUGCCAAUCUCCAGGAAUUUUACGCAUAGCAGAUGCCAGAGGGAGCAGGCAGGGCGACAUAGUGGCCCCAAUCGUUCGCACCAAGGCGGUUAUGAGGAUUGUGUGGUUUCUCAAUGGGCUGACGAAUUUAGCAGCUCCAACUAACGCUGACAGUUCUUACCGCACGGGCGCGCUUCUAUUUCGCUGUUUUUUUUUUUUUUGAUCGAUCAAAAUUUUACGGCUAGAUGCUCGCCGGCAUGGCUCUCCCGUAGGCAGGCGCUCGCAAAGUGGCGAUACAGCUGCGCUUGCGUCUCUCUUUGCGAUCCGCACAAGAAUUGACAGAAUCAUGUCUAUCGAUCUAGCAACUGAUUACUGCAAUUUUCUCGCUUGCUUUGUGUUUUGACGGGUACGCUCCACCGCAUGCGCUUGCUUGUGGGCGCCGACAUACAAUGCGUCCCAUUCUUAUGGCCGCGUGUGCGGGGGGUCGUGUACUUCUCCAAAGGUCCACUUCAUUUUCCAUUCCUCUGGCAUUCUUCGUCCUUGGUUUUGACGUUGCUCAGGGGUGUUUGCUGGGUUCGCACCCUUGGAACGACGCAUGGUUUCGCUCCAAGCGAAAUGCAGCUGGAAAUCAAACUGCCCAAAAGACGACCACUCCUGUUCGGCCACAAAAAUUAUGGGGUUUCACAUGCCAAAACCACGAUCUGAGUAUCAGGCACGCCGUAGUGGGGGACUCCGGAAUAAUUUUGGCCAACUGGGGUUCUUUAACGUACGUGCACCUAAAUCUAAGUACACGGGUGUUUUCGCAUUUUGCCCCCAUCGAAAUGCGGCCGUCGUCGGUGGGAUUCGAUCCCGCGACCUCAAACCUGUUCGGCCACCAUUCCCCCCGAGUGGCACUAAAAUACUCACCACUGCACUAUUCUCCUAGAAUAAAAAUGAGGCCUUCUGUUCAGGCAAUAUUGCCUUGCAGUUUUUUAGGGGUGUAAGAAUAUUCAAAACUUUCGAAUAAUAAAAAAAAUACUGUCCUAUUCGAUAUGGCCGUCAAAUCAAAUAGUCACUGUUUAAAAAUCAGAAUGUUUUUCUCAGUUUUUUUAAUGCUUUAUGCCAUCAACAAAAGGGUAAUAAAUUCAACCCCGUUCACACUGGACAUCAUGAACCACACACGCUGCUUCGCUCAGGGAACGACACUUUUUCAUCGAAAGCACGAUACAUCACAAUUAUUUCAUUGCAAAUUGCAAUCCGAACACAUUUCAUUGCAAAGCACUUCAUACGACAGACACACCAUUUGCCAAGACAGGUCGAACUAAAAAAAACUUUUUUUUCCCCGUUCUGCUUUUGCUGCAGACAAUGUGCACUUCUGGUUUGGUCACGAAGGUCAUACGCAGAUGUUAAUUGGCCCACAAGUCUGCCUUUCUAAACUUCAUAUGAUAAUGCAUGACCCAGCAGCUACGAAGAGCCCCGAGUUGUUCCUAAUGCUCUUUUGUCCAUUUAAUAAAGAGUGCUUUACAUUGUCCUGUGUAAUGACAAACACACUCUAAUGUUGCGAAUACUAGAAUGUGAAAAUGGACAUCAAUGUUGAGAAUGCUGCAUAUAAUUUACAAACUAUUAAAAAUAUACUAUCCGAUUUGUAUUCGAUUAGUUUCUUACACUAUUUGAGUCUUAUUCCAUUAGGCCUCAAAACUACAGUUGAAUGUCUUAUAGCCAAGAACACCAUAGUAGGCCAUCCUCUCCAGCGAUGUUCUCGGGGGAAUGACGCUCAUGCAGAGUUCGUGCCCUGUGCCGACGGUCGGCCCAACCGCUCGUGGCUAAUAAACACCUUUACAUGUAGUGUUCCUCUUCUUCGCUACAGCCUGUACAAUUAAGUGCAUGGGGCCUCCGAAAUCAUUCAUUAUACAUGUCACUUCAUUGUAAAGGUAGCCCACUGCACAGCUCGCAAUAGAACCGAGACAGGAUUAUGCAUUUGUUAUAAGAGGCCAUUCUGUUCUAGAAGCACACGACUAUUUACACACCGCUAGUUGUCUUGCAGGAAGAUUUUUCUGGGCCACAAACUUAAGGCUACAUCCAGCUUACAGCAAUAAACAAAAUGAUGAACAUCCUAGAGUAUGUACUAUUCAAUUAUCUUGCGCUGCCUGCAAUCAUAUUACAUACUUGCCCACCAAUAAUUCAAGCUAAUCUAUUCAUGAUUAUAUCUUGCUUUUGCAGUACUCGCAGCAUAGGCCAAAGCUUGUAUGCAUGAAGAAUGUUUCCCAUAGGUAUAUGUACUUACUCAUGAACAAAGAGUUUUGAGCAUGUGACAUUAGGUUGCCUCACAUCACAUUGUCAAGUAGUAAAGAAGUUAAACUAGCACAAUUUUCUUUUGUCACUAACAAAGUUGCUAUGCAGUUAAGAGGAAGUUUUAGCUUGGGCCCUACUCCGACACGGCCUAUUCAAGUACAUGUAAAGCGCAAGAAUGUUUUUCUGAGAUAACCCCUGGACAGAUUUUGAUGAAAUUUGUUGCAUUUGAGACAGAAAGUUAAAUUCUAGCGACUGUUAGAAGCAGAAUCUCGAUUUAGGGUCUGAAUGUUGCUACAAGGUCUUCAAAAAAUUCUAAAGUUUAAAAAAAUAAAAGCAUGAAGUUUAUAAAUUAAUAGCGCUGCACUGAGAAUAGAUAUCGCUGUUCUGUAAACGGCAUCCAUUAGAUCACUGAAAGCAGGCAAAUUUGAUAUGUCAUUUUAUAUCUUAGGUGAAUUUGUUAUGUUGCGUACAAGGGUUCUACAAAAGCUGUAUUUCCAUAUUACUCAAUUUUUCGAGAUUGAUGUGUAACAUCAAUUUUGUCUGCUUUAGAUGUAUUAUUAGAUUAAAUUCACAUAACUGUGGUGUAAUUUUUUUAUUGUUGAGUUGGAGUUGUAAACUUGAUGGUUUCGUUUUCUGAACAUUUGAUUUUUGCCAAUUUUUUAUCAAAAAUUGACGCCCUAAAUAAAAAAUUCAGAACCAACAGUCACUAGAUUUUAAGUUUUUCAUUUAAAUGAAGCAAACUUAAUCAAAUUUGAUGCAGUGGUUGCCGAGAAAAACGAAUUCUCUUUUUACAUGCAUUUAGAUUGGAGCACCCAAGCUAAACCUUCCUCUUAAGACUGAUCUAUGCAAAGCUUUUAGCCUCUAGUUAGUAAAUUCAUCCAUGGGAUGGCCUCUUGAAGCUCCAGCUGAGCACUUAUGUAACUUGGCAUUUUAAUACAGCAUCGCUACACAGUGCACCUUGUACAGUUGAACCUCGCUAGAUAAUAAACAUGCAUAUAACAAUUACUGGAUAUAGCUAAGUAAAUCUCAAACGUUUCUUGCUGAUAUUAGCAUGUGAUAAAUAUAUGCUUAGAACAAACAUUGGAUAUAACAAAGGUAUUUUAUGUAACGAGGUUC